GACUUUUUUCUGCCAGCCCGUUCGGUUCGAAUUUACCGUAUCUCUCGUCCAUAGAAACCAAAACAAAGUGCGAGUACGCGAAUCCGUCGUACAUAUAGUAUAACCCCUUAACCCAUUCAUAUCGAAUUGGAUUAAAACAUCUUAGAAAAACAAAAGUGUAACGAUGACGGAGCAAACGAAGCUUGCCUAAAAAAGACUUUCGCAAUGCUGCUAUUUCGGUAAAAGAGAGUUAAGAGAAGAAAAUAUGACGUAAAACCGGAAUUUGCAUUUCCACCUAAGUAGUACAGUUGCUCUUAAGCUCAAGUUCACUGUCAGGCACCCAAAAGAGUAAGAGAAAGAGAGAGACGUCGGGCGAAAGCUUGAAUCUCAAGCUUGGAGCUUUUGCAACGGCACCUAAAAUAACGCGAGACGUGAAUAUAAUAAUAUGAGUAACGAAACAUCAGCCAGCGAGACAACACCGCUUCGGCGGCCGGAACAUCAAAGCCAAGAUAAUAACGUGGCCCAAAAUAACGGUCGGCAGACAACUUUAAACGUGGUCAACAGCACCCACAGUAGUAAUAACAACAAUAAUAACUACGGUGAUUCGGUGGAGGUGCGUUUGCAAGAGAGAGAUAGUGAUAACACACAAAACCAGCAACAACAACAAACUGACACCAUGGAUACCAACAAAAGAAUUCUCUGCCGCGUGGGCUUGGAUAUUCUGAUAUUACUCUGUGUUGGCUUUCCCAUACUGCUGUUUUUCCUGCUAGGCGAUCCCUAUAAGCGGGGCUUCUUCUGCGAUGACGAGUCGCUGAAGCAUCCGUUCCAUGACUCUACGGUCCGGAAUUGGAUGCUAUACUUUAUUGGAGCGGUGAUACCAGUUGGCGUGAUACUCAUCGUCGAGGUGAUAAUUUCACAGAACAAGGCCAAACAGGAUAAUGGCAAUUCCAACAGUCGGAGGUAUGUGUUUAUGAACUACGAUCUGCCGGACUGGCUGAUCGAGUGUUACAAGAAGGUUGGCAUCUAUGCCUUUGGCGCUGUUGUCAGUCAGUUGACCACGGAUAUAGCAAAAUAUUCCAUCGGCCGGCUGCGUCCCCAUUUCAUAGCGGUGUGCCAGCCUGAGAUGCCCGACGGCACCACCUGCGACGAUCCCAGCAAUAUGGGCAAGUACAUCCAGGAUUUUAAAUGCAAGGGAGUUGGUUCGUCGGCGCGCAUGCUCAAAGAGAUGCGACUUUCGUUCCCCAGCGGACACUCCAGCUUCACGUUCUUCGCCAUGGUCUAUCUGGCGCUGUACCUGCAGGCACGCAUGACCUGGCGGGGCUCCAAGCUGCUGCGUCACCUUCUCCAGUUCCUCUUCAUCAUGGUGGCCUGGUACACAGCUCUAAGCCGUGUCUCGGACUACAAACAUCACUGGUCAGAUGUGCUGGCAGGAUCGCUCAUUGGCUCUAUAUGUGCCUUGGUUGUGGCCAAUUAUGUCUCGGACUUAUUUCAAAAGCCCAACACGAAGCCCUAUUUGGCGCGUACAGUGCAAGACAUGAAUGCAGCACAGCCCCAGGGCAUAACGAUCACUUCAAACUAACACGCAGAAGGAGUGCUCUACAAUAAUUACAAAUUCCACGAGUUGUAGCCGAGAAGCCGGAUUCUUCAGCUCUACGGACUUUUGGAUUUCUUUAUCGGGCAGUAAAGCCAAGCUUUGCUGGGCCUCCUAAUUAAUUUAAUUUAUUCCUGUACUUGCAUUUUAUGAGCUCUGUGUGAGUGUGCCUGAGUGUGUGCGUGAGUUAGUUGCAAGUGCACCUAAGUGUCUUCUUUAAGUUUUUAGUUAGAGCAAUUAAUUAUUGUACUAUAGAGCAAAAUUUUAAACAAUGCAACAGUUUCCACAAAACAAGUGACCUUCAAAACAGAGCCGCACAAAAUAUGAAAUGAAAGCAAUAAGUAUUAUUUAAACUUAGACUUAAGCCUUGGAUAAAAAAGAUAUUUAAACUAUUUUUAAGAUGACCAUUAAAUGUGUUUUAAUUAAAUUACGCUAAACAUUUUCAAUGCAAAUAAAAUAGAAAACAAAAUGAUAAACUUGGUAUUAAUUGUUUUUUAGAUGAUGUUUCAUCAUCUUAAACAUCAUCUAAUAAUAAUAGUUAAGAUUUUGAAACCAAUAAACAACAAACAUUUUAACUAAACAAGUACUUAGAAAA